AUGCCGCAUUGGGUUCAACUUACGACAAAUGGAUACAGUACCGAUGAAUUUGUGAAAAUGAUAGACGAGGUGCUUGGUGCAAAUCAAGUCAUUGCACAAAAGCAUGAAAUGAAGUUACCUGGACUUGUAAAAGGGUCAUUAUUCUCUGAGACUGAAAAAACGGAACAAGAAGCGAACUUUUCAAAUCCUUUGAAUAUGCCAUCGACAAGUACUGCUUUGAUACCCGGUUGCGAAGCGAAUCUUUAUAAGAAUUCGAAAACAACGUCAAAAGAAGGUGUUGAUUCUAUAAACAAUACGUUUCAUCUCUUCACGAAAACUGCUAACACAGCAAUAGCUAACACAAAGGACGCCAGUUACAGUGAUCGUUCCGGUAUGGUUUCGUAG